GAAUGAACACUAAGUUAAAGUGUGUGUGUGCGUGUGCGUGCGUGCGUCAUGUAAUUGUCCUGCUCUUUGAUUUCACAACAUUGACCUAACAUGUCACAAGCAAUAUGACAAAGUUCCAGUCUGUGAGAACAUUUCAAAUUGUCUCAGUGUUGACCGACCCUUGUUAAGACCAAAGGAGAAAAUCAGCCUUCUAACUGGUUGCUGGUGACAUUUGGUUGAGACCAGAGACUGUAAAUAUAGAUGGACGACGCGUCUCCACUUCCUCCCACUUUCCAGAAAUGAAGCAGAAAUAUGUCGGAGAAGAUGUUGACAUCGUGAGCCAGAGUCGUCUGUGCAGUAGCCGGGUCGAGGUGAUUCACGCAGGCGACCAAUUGAGAGUCAGUCUCAGCUUGUAAUCGUGUUGUUUCACCCAGUUUCUAUAGCAUCAAAUAACUUAUUAAAACCAAACUUACUGGAAGAGGGAGCACUUGAACAAACAGGAGGCUGUUAUGGAAAGUUAGGGUCGAUCUUUCUGAAUCGUUGGUUCACCCAGCCAUGCACGCUAGAAGCUACUGUCCACAGUGGCAGUGAUCAUUUGUUCUCAAAGUUUAAUUUUGUUUAUUCUCAUAGGAUAUUUUGGUGUUAAGGUGCCACAGUUGUGCAAAGAUUAGCCCUGUCGCCUCAUGGCAAGAAGGUUCUUGGUUUGAAUCCCAGCUCAGACGUGGUUUUCCUGUUAGAAGUUGCAUGUUUUCCCAGUGUCUGCGAUUGUGACCAUCAAAGGACAAGUUGUACAGAUACUGGAUAGAUGGAGUUUGGAGUUUGGAUCAGAUAUAACAGUGAGGAACUUGAACCCUCUUAUCACCUCACAGAGUUACAUGACUGCCAGCUGAUUUUUAGAUGGCUACUUAACUUCUGCACAUAGACUCCUGCUAGAUACAUGUUCAGUGACCCAUAUUUAAAGCGCCACACACUCACUCACACACAGACACAGCCACUUUAUGACUCAUGCCGUUUGACAAAGAUGUAAUUUAGCAGUGAGCUUUGCGGGGAGGGGGGUCGCUGAAAUACAGAUGUGUGAGUGUGUCUCUGAAAGAUAAAGAUAGAAGGCCAUAGAAAACGCUGGCUAGAUUAAGCUUGGCUUGGCUGCAAAAUGUUGGGGGGGGAGGAGAAGCCGGAGAAAGCCAUUGUGGGUUGGCAGGAGAGGGGAGAGCGGAAGAGAGAGGGGAGAGGGAAGGUUGUGAGAGAGAUGGAGGUUUAUUUUGUAUUAUGCUAUUUGUAACAGCAGCCUCAUGCAGAUAGGGAGUUGAAAGAGGGCAAAAUGCAGGAAAAACAGGAUUCUCCGAGCCAAGCCACAAGCAUCCUGGGAAAGCCAUUUCUUUCCCCUGUCACUUCUCUCCUUUAUGUCCCCUCUCUUUCCAUCCCUCUCUGUCUCCCUCCUCCCUCGUCCCUCUGUCUGUCCGACCUCGUCCUCAGGCUCACCCGGCUCUCAAAGCCUUUAUGUGUGGCUCUCUCAGUGGCACCUGCUCAACGCUGCUCUUCCAGCCUUUGGAUCUGGUGAAGACACGUCUCCAGACUCUGCAGAACAAUGCCAAGCCGGGGGCUCCAAAGGUUGGGAUGUUUAGUGUUUUCGUCAAUAUUAUUAGGACGGAGAAUUUCUUCAGUCUGUGGAAGGGGGUUACACCAUCAUUUGUGCGCUGCAUCCCGGGGGUCGGCAUUUAUUUUAGCACCUUCUACUCCCUGAAGCAGCACUUCUUCUUGGACCACGCACCCAACGCUGGUGAGGCUGUUCUUCUCGGCGCAGGCGCCAGAGCUGUGGCUGGCGUCUGCAUGCUGCCAUUCACUGUCAUCAAGACACGCUUUGAGAGUGGCUGCUACAACUAUGUGAGUGUGGUCAUGGCUCUGAGGACUGUGUAUGAAACAGAGGGAUUCAGGACUCUGUUCUCGGGGCUGACGGCCACGCUGCUCCGAGACGCUCCAUUCUCUGGCAUUUACGUCAUGUUCUACAGCCAGGCCAAGAAGGCUCUGCCGCAAGAGGUUUCAUCGUCGCCCUAUGCUCCGCUGGCGAACUUCAGCUGUGGAGUUGUGGCAGGUGUCCUGGCGUCGCUGGUCACACAGCCUGCAGAUGUGGUGAAGACCCACAUUCAAGUUAGCACGUCUCACUGGAGCACGGCAGAUGCUAUUCGCUACAUCUACAAGGAGCACGGCAUGGGUGGUUUUUUUCGUGGAGCCGUACCCAGGUCUCUGCGGCGCACUCUGAUGGCUGCUAUGGCUUGGACUGUCUAUGAGCAGUUGAUGGCUCAGAUGGGUCUCAAGUCCUGAAGAGCAACGGUGCUGACACCAAAAAAAAAAAGAUUGAAUAUAAGUGGACGAUAAUCUAUUUUCUCACUGAAAGACACACGUGCAAGAGGAAAAGGCAGCCGAGCUUAUAGGAUUUAAGCAGAGGAACCAGGUGGAUAGAGGUCUGAAAAAAGAGUGCAAGUGCCAUGUGUGUGGGCGUGUAUGUAUGUAUGUAUGAGUGUGUGUGUGUGUGUGUGUGUGUGUGUGUGUGUGUGUGUCUGUGUGUCUGUGUGUGUUGUUAUUUAAAUGUUUAAAUGUGAAAAUGUGCCUGUUGGUGUUGGUGUGUGUGUAAGUUUGUAAUAUUGCAAUAAUACACCUGACACACUCUUACAUCAGUCCUGGACUGAAGUGACACUCCGUGCUGUAAAGUGAACUUAUUCCUCAUCUUACAAUUUAUGCCUGGACACCCUGAGGACCAGCCACCACUCAAGAGAUGCCCUUGACAGAGGGCCUGUAUUCCUGCUCGACAACAAAGUUGCUUUGGACAAGGUGUUUGAAGAAACCUCCAAGACAAACAGGACAUUCAGCAGGCUGGUGCACUGUGCCUCUGUGGAGGUAACCAAAAACAAAGCACUGCAGAGAAAGAGAUGACCUCUGGUUUCUGCCAUAUUUAUGAAACUUAAGAUUGAGCAAUGUUUCUCAUUUGCCAAUAGAUCUUAAUUGACAAGUGGAUUUAAGGGGGAAAUGUGUUUGUUCCAGGCUCAGACAAUCACAAGUUCUAAUACAGUUAGAAUAUGCUAAGCAAAUCUGCAUUAACUUCAACAAUCACAAUAAAGCCUUUGUUGCCAUAUUACUCAAACCUACGCUAAAUUAAUUUAUACACAACUGUGGUAUACUUUUAAAAGUAAUAACAGUCACACCUGUAGCUAAAAUAUAUUCAGACCUGUGUGGGCCUCUCAGUCUCAUCAGGAUUUUGUGUUUUUUUAAAUGUUUUUAAUAUAAUUUUUUUUUUUAGGAUUACUAAGGUACCCUGUGGAGGUUCUGACCACUAGUAGCGCUGUGGAGCAGCUUUUUAUGAAUCCCAUUUUAUUGUGUAUUGUGCUCUCAGCAGGAGCAACACCGCACUUAGUCACGCUGCCGUGUUCACGCUAUUCUUAUAGACAGUUUGCAUCAGUCAUGUCCAUCUUAAAAUACAGUCUAUGGUUCAAAGCCUGUUCUGUUAAAGUCAGAUUUACACUAUUUUGCUCUUGCAAAGGAAAAGAAGAUGACAACAAACGUGUUUAAAUUUUCAUAAGGGUUUACUUAGCAAAUGUGGUUGGAAAUGCAUUAAACACGUUUGUCAGACAAUUGGUAACAAAAACUGAAAGAAGAAAACUCCAGAGGGCACCUUCAAUCAAAGAGUUUAUGUUUGCUCUUUUAUAAGUUCAAUUCUUUUCUACAAAUUUCAGAUGUUGAAGUCAGUUACCUCCUGUGCAUAUAUCUGGGACAUUACACUUGCAAGUGAAGCAUUGCUUAAUCAUUUUGCUAAUGGUUUUAUAAAAAUGACACAGCAUUCAUAUCCAUAUAGUGUUGAAGAGACAUGGGUCCUGUCACCUUCUUCCUUCUUUCUGGCUUCUUUCGAAAUAAUUGACUACAAACAGAAUUAUUGGUUGUAGACAACGAAGGCCAUAUUUUUAUGUUGAUUGUACAGUGUAUGAUUUCUUUGAUGUUUAUUAGUGUUGAUAUGAGCAAAAGAUAGGUUAUAUAUUGCAAAUAUAAAACUUUAUAGAGACAAUACCAAAUGGUGGAUAUUUCAUUGUGUGAAUAAAAUGGAGGCACCCAACGCACUGUGAUAUAACAGGGAAACUUGUGCAGCAUAAAAAUAUUAAAAAACAACACUGGAAAGGUCUAAUGGCAUUCAAAGGCUCAGUAUAUUCAGACUGAGCCUUUGCUUGUCUCCAGAAUAGAUGUGAGGCGAUGCAGUUUAUUUUUUUUUAUGUGAAAGUUAAUGCAGUGUGACAGGAUUGAUUUCUAAAUUCCUGUGUUUGCUGUGUAGCAUAAUCGUUGUAUCUAACUGCUCUACAUGUGCCAUACUUCUCACAUUAAUGUUUUACCUCGUGGAUUAUCCUCAUCAUUGCACCACUCCUCAUUAUCGUCUUUUUCUUGUGACAAUGUCGCACAUGGUUAUUGUGAUUGUAGAUACUUGGAUAUUUGUUUCCUAUGCCUGGAUUUUAACGUCAAUAAACGUUACCCUUGCUUUUCUUUUCAAA